AUGGCCAAUGCUGCCGCUGCAAUCCCAUACCAGCCAGUUACCACUGCUCGGUAUCAUAAAAAGGAACAAAAGCCAAUCUGCAACAACACCCACAAGAAACCAACAAACAACAUGCCAUUCCACAAACAGUAUGCUGAUGGAUCUCCCAGACCUCUCUGCCGGGGUUGGUUGCAUGGAAUGAGUGCCCUGACCUCUCUUUCACUAACCUAUGGAUGCUGGAAUGAUAUCCCCUCAGUGGCUGCCCCAGUGGUGAUGAAUAUCUGCUUCUUUUUGGUUAUUUCGAGCUUGGUGCACUUGGUUCCUUGGCAAUCCAAGUCACUGGAAGAAGCAAUCACCAGAAUAGACAAGGCUUGUAUCUUGGUUCUCUGCUGGACUUCCUACAUGACGCCACAGGUACAUGAGAGCGAGGCCUGCAAACCUGACUUUGUUUACUCUUUGGUAACAGUGGCAGUUCCCCUUGGAUUGGGAAUUAUUGCGGUCCUUUGUGGUGCUGGCCCCAUUGCAUUUGCCAGCUUUUUCUGUGCCAUUGCACCCAACAUGUGGUUUUAUGGAAUGCAUGUAGAGGACUCAGAGGUUUUCUACUGCAUUCUAGGAAGCACUGUUCUUUAUGCCAUUGGGUUUUACCUGUAUGGCAGCCAAGCAGGUGGUCAUCAUCCUGUUUGGGGCUACCAUGAAUGGUUCCAUUUGCUGGCCACCAUUGGCCUCGUCAUCAGUGCUCGAGCGGUUUUUGCCUUGAGUUCCUACACAAGUGAAACCUGCAGUCCAAGCAUACUGGCUGAAUCUGUGGUGGGCAUUGUGAGUAAUUCCACCAACUACACAGCAGCAGAGGUCUACAGCAGUAGUUCAACUGAAGUUGAAGUGGAAGCAAUUACAGAACUGUUGGCUUGGUUGGGACUGCGGCUUGACCUGUCUUUCCUAUCAGGGGCAAUUUAA